AUGGCCACCAGUAUCAAAUACAAAUCGCUAGGCGAAGAGCUCUGGAAAGGUCGUUCAGAAAAGAUCAAUGCAGAACUCUUUGCUUUGACUUAUGGCGCUCUGGUGGUACAACUAAUUCAAGACUACGAGGAUUAUGAUGAGGUCAACAAGCAGCUGGAGAAGAUGGGAUAUAAUAUCGGGACGAGGCUUAUUGAGGACUUCCUGGCCCGGUCGAGUCUAGGGCGAUGCACGGAUUUUCGGGAGACGGGGGAGAUAAUUGCAAAGGUCGGCUUCAAGACAUUCCUGAAUAUCACCCCGAACGUUACACACAGUGGUGGGCCACAACCGCCCGCUGGUCCUAAUCGCCAGAGUAUUCCCCAAGGCUCACAGCAGUGGUUCACCCUUACUCUUGAUGAGAACCCACUGGCAGAGUUUGUUGAACUUCCGGAAGAUGCGCUGGAGGGUGGUCUGUGGUUCAGCAAUGUUCUUUGCGGGGUCAUCCGAGGGGCUCUCGAGAUGGUACAACUACAAGUUCAAGCAGAGUUUAUUUCCGAUGUGCUGAGAGGCGACGAAGUAACAGAGAUUCGAGUGAAAUUAGUAAAAUAUCUGGAGGAAGAGGUUCCCGUUGGAGACGACUAG